AUGGGUGCCUACAAAUAUUUAGAGGAGUUGCAAAGAAAGAAGCAAUCCGAUGUCAUGAGAUUCCUUUACAGGGUCAGAUGUUGGGAAUACAGACAAAAGAAUGUCAUCCACAGAGCUUCUAGACCAUCAAGACCAGACAAGGCUAGAAGAUUGGGUUACAAGGCCAAGCAAGGUUUUGUUAUCUACAGAGUCAGAGUCAGAAGAGGUGGUAGAAAGAGACCAGUUCCAAAGGGUGCUACUUACGGUAAGCCAACCAACCAAGGUGUCAACCACUUGAAAUACCAAAAAUCAUUGAGAUCUACUGCCGAGGAAAGAGUUGGUAGAAGAGCUGCUAACUUGAGAGUUUUGAACUCAUACUGGGUUAACCAAGACUCCACCUACAAGUACUUUGAAGUUAUCUUGGUUGAUCCUCAACACAAGGCUAUCAGAAGAGACCCAAGAUACAACUGGAUCGCUAACGCUGUUCACAAACACAGAGAAGCUAGAGGUCUUACCUCUGCUGGUAAGAAAUCCAGAGGUAUCAACAAGGGUCACUUGUACAACAAGACCAGAGCCGGUAGAAGACACACCUGGAAGAAGCACAACACCUUGUCCUUGUGGAGAUACAGAUCAUAA